AUGUCAGGAACGGAGAAGAAGCCAGUGACGGUCGAGACCAAAAAUUAUAGAGGCUUUGUUGCGGGCGUCUUCUCCGGUAUUGCGAAGCUAUCUGUGGGCCAUCCUUUCGACACGAUCAAGGUCCGCCUGCAGACCACCGACGCCGCUCGCUUCUCUGGCCCGCUCCAGUGUGUGCUCCAGACCGUCCGCAAUGAAGGUCUCUACGGUCUCUACAAGGGCGCAACACCACCUUUGGUCGGGUGGAUGUUCAUGGACUCGGUUAUGCUCGGGAGUCUGACCGUCUACCGCCGCCUCCUCCGCGAGAACAUCUUCAACCCGCCCUUCCACCCGCUCCACGAUCCGAAUAAGCCCCUGCCUGUCCACGGCCACGGUCUGGCGGGUAUCAUGGCCGGCGCGACCGUCUCCUUCAUCGCCGCCCCCGUCGAGCACGUCAAAGCGCGCCUGCAGAUCCAGUACGCAGCCAACAAGAGCGAGAGACUGUACAGAGGGCCGAUUGACUGCGUGAGCAAGAUCUGGCGGGCCCACGGCGUACGGGGCAUCUACCACGGGCUGUCGGCGACCCUGCUGUUCAGGUCCUUCUUCUUCUUCUGGUGGGGGAGCUAUGACCUUUUCUCGCGCUGGAUGACCAGGUCCACCGAUCUGAGCAAGCCGGUCAUCAACUUUUGGGCCGGCGGGCUGAGCGCCCAGGUCUUCUGGCUGACCAGCUACCCGAGCGACGUCGUCAAGCAGCGGAUCAUGACGGACCCCCUGGGCGGAGGGCUGGGGGAUGGCACAAGGCGGUUUCCGCGAUGGAAGGAUGCCGCUGCUGCCGUAUACAGGGAGAGCGGGUGGAGGGGCUACUGGCGAGGAUUUUUGCCGUGUUUCCUGAGGGCGUUCCCGGCGAACGCGAUGGCUCUCGUGGCAUUUGAAGGCGUUAUGAGGGUCUUGCCGUGA